UUGCUAUUUCUGCCCUCUCAAGGCCACCCCAUUGGGGACUGGGCCGGACGGUGGGCUUUCUCUGUUUUAGGUUGCAGACAUUGGAAGGAGGGGAGGUGCUACCUUGGCUGGCUGUCUAAAAACGGAUCCCCCUGAUUUAAGGCAAAAUGAAUGCAUCAUCAUUGCUGCUACAAUUUCCUCCUUACCGUUUUUUAAAGACUAUUAGGAAAAGUUCUUUGAAUAGCUUUUGUUUGAGGUUCCUUCCAGGAUCUGCUUUUCCAUAUGGCCAACAGGCUGAUUUGCUACAGCCCCAUUUUGUAAGGCGAAUGAUGGUAUCUUCAAAGGGCUUGAAGACUGGCUGGUGUUGUCCAGCAACAGCAGAAAAGCAAAUGCAGGAACUCUCUGCUAAGGAACAAAGAAUUUUAGAUAAACUGUACAAUGGACUUGUCCGUGGCCAGAGGGCCUGCUUGGCCGAAGCCAUUACUCUCGUAGAAUCCACCCACAGCAGGAAAAAGGAGAUUGCGCAGGUGCUCCUUCAGAAGGUACUAUCCUACCACAGAGAACAAGAACAGUUAAAUAAAGGAAAGCCACUAGCCUUUAGAGUGGGAUUAUCCGGCCCCCCUGGUGCUGGGAAAUCAACUUUUAUUGAAUGCUUUGGGAAAAUGCUUACAGAAAGAGGGCACAAAGUAUCUGUGCUGGCAGUGGACCCUUCCUCUAGUACAAGUGGUGGAUCUCUCUUGGGUGACAAAACUCGAAUGACUGAGUUGUCAAGAGAUAUGAAUGCUUACAUCAGGCCGUCUCCAACCAGAGGAACGCUGGGUGGUGUGACACGGACCACAAAUGAAGUCAUUCUACUGUGUGAAGGAGGAGGCUAUGACAUUGUUCUUAUAGAAACAGUAGGUGUGGGGCAAUCAGAGUUUGCUGUUGCUGAUAUGGUUGAUAUGUUUGUGUUGCUGUUGCCACCAGCAGGAGGUGAUGAAUUGCAGGGCAUCAAACGGGGGAUCAUUGAGAUGGCAGAUCUCGUUGCCGUAACGAAAGCUGAUGGAGAUUUAAUUGUGCCAGCGCGGAGAAUUCAAGCAGAAUACGUCAGUGCGCUGAAAUUGCUCCGUAAGCGCUCUAAAGUUUGGAGCCCAAAGGUCAUGCGGAUCUCUGCCAGGACUGGAGAAGGCAUCUCCGACAUGUGGGAUAAGAUGACAGAAUUCCGAGACCUUAUGCUUGCAGGUGGUGAACUGAUCACCAAACGGCGGAGACAGCAAAAAGUGUGGAUGUGGAAUGUAAUCCAAGAAAAUAUGCUGGACCAUUUCCGGAGUCACUCGGCAGUGAGAGAUCAGAUUCCGCUUCUGGAGGAGAAGGUCGUCAGCGGGCUCCUGUCCCCAGGGCUGGCUGCAGACCUAUUGCUGAAAGCUUUUCAAGGGAGAGCCUAAC